AUGGAGGAAAAAAGCCUUCGUGUAGCAGACUACUUUGUGGUGGCAGGACUCACCGUCUCUUCAAAGCCCCUGGAGGAAGAUGUUCACCCUGAAGAUGGAGCUCACCGAAGCUCAGCUCAACUCAAGGCACCGAUCACUGAUGUGGCAGUGGUGAUUCGCUCUCUAGGGGAGGAAGUACCUAGAGGGUAUACCUGUGUUGAAUGCACCCCCUCCGGACUCCCUGCUGAACUGAAUGGUGGAAGCCUCAUGGGGCCGCAGAUCUUCCUGUGCUAUAGGAGAGGCAGAGAUAAACCACCGCUCACCGAUCUGGGCAUCCUCUAUGAGUGGAAGGAGAAACUGAAGCCAGACUGUCAGAUUAUUCAGACUACACCCUCCGGACGCCCUGCUAACAUCAGUGGCUCCUCCUCUCAGAGGAUCUACAUCACAUAUCGACGCGCCGCGGAGAAUCACUCUCACGCCACGCUGGCUGUCACAGACAUCUGUGUCAUUAUUCCCGGCAAGGGAGAGACUCCACCACAUGCCUUUUGCAAGGUGGACAAAAACCUUAACAGCAGUAUGUGGGGGUCUUCUGUGUACUUGUGCUACAAAAAAUCUCUGGCCAAAACCAACACACUUGCAUUCAAAGCAGGUCUUUUGUCCAGAUACCCAGAGGAGGACUACGAUUCCUUUCCUUUGCCUGAAUCCGUGCCCUUGUUUUGCCUGCCGAUGGGAGCGUCCAUCGAGUGCUGGUCCUCUCACACCAAAUAUUCUCUUCCGGUCUUUUCAACAUUCGUUCUCACAGGCGCCUCUGGAGAAAAGGUUUAUGGUGCUGCCAUACAGUUUUAUGAGCCCUACCCAGAAGAGCAUUUGACUGAAAAGCAGAGAUCUCAGCUGGGACUGCAGGCUAACGGACUCAGGCCUGACGGAUCCAUGACUGUCCACACCAACAAAAGCAUCUGCCUUCUCUCUCACUGGCCCUUUUUCGAUGCUUUUCGUAACUUUUUAACCUUCCUCUAUAGAUACUCCAUCUCAGGUCCACACACUCUACCCAUUGAAAAGCAUAUUUCUCAUUUCAUGCACAAGGUUCCCUUUCCCUCCUCUCAAAGGCCACGUAUCCUGGUGCAGCUGUCUCCACAUGAUAGCCUGAUGCUGAGCCAGCCCGUUUCCUCUCCUCUCCCUCUGAGUGGAGGAAGACUCUCUACAUUGCUAUUGAAUCUUGGCCCUAAGAAUGCAGCAACUCUAUUGGUUUUAGCUGUGACCGAACACAAGAUCCUGGUGCACUCCUUACGUCCUGCUGUUCUAACCAGUGUCACCGAGGCCCUGGUAUCGAUGAUUUUCCCCUUCCACUGGCCGUGCCCAUACAUUCCUCUCUGCCCGCUGGCCCUGGCAGAUGUGCUCAGUGCUCCAUGCCCUUUCAUUGUUGGUGUGGACUCGCGGUACUUUGACCUCUAUGAGCCACCGACGGACAUAAGCUGUGUGGACCUGGACACAAACACUAUAACUCACAAAGAAGAGCGCAGAUCCCUGACCUGGAAGAUCCUGCCAAGAAAAGCCUGUAAACAUCUGAUCAACACCCUCAGCAAUCUCCACCAGCAACUGGAUGAGGGUUAUCAGAUGAGUCGUGAGGAAGGACAGAUGGAGGCCUUUAUGAGCGAACGGGAACCUGGCAGUGGUGGGAAAAGUCUGGAAACGUUGGAGCUGGAGAUUCAGGAGGCUUUUCUGCGCUUUAUGGCGGCCAUCUUGAAAGGCUACCGCUCAUACCUGUUGCCCAUCACACAGGCUCCUUCUGAGAAAGCCACAGACGCCAGCUCACUCUUUGAUCUGCAAGGCUUUUUGAAGAGUCGUGAUCGAUCCCAUCAGAAGUUUUACUCCCUCAUGACUAAGACUCAGAUGUUCAUUCGUUUCAUUGAAGAGUGCUCUUUUGUCAGCGAUAAGGAUGCAAGCCUUGCUUUCUUUGAUGACUGCGUUGACAAGGUGGACAGCGAUAAGCCAGAGGACACUAGGCUUAUUGAACUUGACAAAUCCCACCGGAGCGAACACACGGUCUUCAUCAGCCCUCCAGAGCUGCCAGCACUUCCAGAAGGAGAGGAGCCACCUAUGGUUUACAGUUACAGCGGCUUCCCGGCACUGAACGCUCAACUCUGUGAGCAUCAGGAUGGUCUCAGAGUCCCCAAAGCAACAUCAGCCCUGAGACACAUCAGUCCCAUCAGCCCUGCUGCUAUAUUCCGUCGCUCCCAACAGGAGAUCAAAUCAGCCCAGCGGAUGGCCAAAACCUACUCCUCCAUCCCUCAGAUGUGGUCUAAAUGUCUCCUCAGGCACUGUCACGGUCUGUGGUUCAUCUGUUUGCCUGCGUACGUCAGCGCGUGUCACUCUAAAGUGCGCGCUCUGCAUACUGCUUACGAUGUGCUAAGAAACAUGCAGGACAAAAAGCUGCAGCCUCCAGAUGAGGUGUGUUAUCGAGUCCUGAUGCAGCUGUGUGGGCAAUAUGGUCAACCUGUUCUAGCGGUUCGAGUCCUGUUUGAGAUGAAGAAAGCCGGAGUUCAGCCUAACGCCAUUACAUAUGGAUACUACAACAGAGCCGUCCUGGAGAGCACAUGGCCUUCUUCCACCAGAGGGGGAUACUUCCUGUGGGGAAAGCUGAGAAAUGUGGUCCGGGGUGUGGUGCUGUUCAAACAAGUAUGGAGGAGGCAGACCACCCACCCGAAAGACACUCAUCUUUCUGGGGGUCAGUCUGAUCAGGGCUACGACUCUCUGUCUAAAGAGGAGGUGAGGUUUGGAGGAGGUGAAGAGCAGAACUCCUCUCCAGACAUCAAGGAGAAGAAGGACAGUGACUCUUGUCCAUCAUCUCAGUCGGAACUCUCAAAGAAAGAGGAUUCAUCCCUUGCAGCUGGAAUCCAUCCUCCGGAAAUCAACAAGGAAUCCAGUCAAGCCUUUUCCAACACCAUUCCGAAGACAAAAAGACCUAACUCCCUGGAUAUUUUUGGAGAGAAACCUGUAAGACCCAACACACUGGAUCUAACCCCAGAUAAGCCAGUAGACUCUGUACCUGUAGCACAGACACAAACAGAAGCAUUGGAGGGCGUCGUGAGCCCACCUAAAGUUUCCGUAGAGAGGAAAGCCAGCUGCACGGUUACCAUGGAGAAGACAGUUGCCAUGGAGAGCGGGCACACUGGCGUGGAGAGGAGCAUGAGCUGCAAUAGUGCUCUCAGUCGAGUGGUGAAGAGGACGGGCAUUGAAGCAGGGUUUGAUCCUCUGUCCCUCAUGGCAGCUGAGACUCACGGCCAUGAGGACGAGGAUAAUGCGGGCAACCCAAGUGCCCGUCGGGACCUGGCUGAGGAGAUUCAUCAUUACAUGAACAACCUGAGCAGCCCGUUAAGCCAGCGUUCUCUCAGUGUGGACCUGAAGGGCCACCAGACCCCGUCCCCUCACAGCUCGCCCUGUAUAUCCAAAAUAGCGCUGGGCUCCCCCAGUGCCUCUCAGCUCCAGCCUCAGCCACGAACACGACUGUUCUCCUCGCCCUCGCUUCCUCAGGGCCGCGUGCGCAGGGUCAGAGAGCAGCGGCCCACUUCUCUGGCCUCACCUUCAUCACCCACCCCCUCCUCUUCAUCUUUCUCUAUGGACUCUCUGCUCACUCCGACCCUGGAUGUGUUCAAGAGCAGCUUCCUGUCUGCUGGGAAGGGCGUCGCUGAGAAAGCCAGUAGAUUGUAUUCCAGACUUUCCUCGCAGACGUCCAUUGCACAAGAUUUAAACUCUGACCGGGUUAGUGUGUCCUCGCUUGGGUCUGGUGACCCUGACUGCUCCUCUUUGAUUGAGAGUGAUCUGUGUGUCGAUCCUGAAGGGCUCUCCUCCCCACAAAGGGAUGCAGCUCAACCCGUCACACGGCCCAGAAAGAGCCCUCACAGGAGUAAUAACUGCCUAGAAAGCCCAUCCACGGCACCUAGACUCUUCCGACAGGCCUCCCUCACUGGUCCAUCGCUGACAGUAAUGAAAGCUCUGCAGACUCCAGACACAUGCUCUGAUUCCAGUUUCAGUCAGUUCACACAGAGUUAUGCUGUCGAAGUUCGUAUGUCGAGUUGUUCUCGCUGCAACACCUGUGAGAGUUUGGUGUAUGAUGAAGAGAUCAUGGCUGGCUGGACAGCCGACGACUCAAACCUCAACAGCACAUGUCCUUUCUGCGGCUCUCCGUUUCUGCCUCUGCUCAAUGUGGACAUCACAAACAUGGGUGAACAAGAAAGAUCACCUUGUCAAGAUACAAGUUCUAGCCAGACAGAACGAGAAGAUGAGCCAUCAAAAGUGUAUGAUGCCUCUAGCACUCUGUCCAACAAGGACAAAAAAGACCCUGAGGCAGUGACCGUGCCAUACCUGAGUCCUCUGGUUCUCUGGAAAGAGCUGGAGAGUCUGCUGGAGAAUGAGGGGGAUCAGGCCAUCUCCUCUGCAGCCAUUGUGGAUCAUCACCCUAUCGUCUUCUGGAACCUAGUGUGGUUUUUCCGUCGCCUGGAUCUUCCCAGCAGCCUCCCGGGUCUCUAUCUGACCUCCAAAAACUACUGCAGAGAUACUCCACAGUCUCAGCAAAGUUGUGCUUCAGAAGACAGUAAGAACGUGUUGGUCCAGAUCCUGUGGGACAAUCCCAGACUGCACCAGGAUCACAUUCAGCCUUGCUACCUGCUCUGGAAAUCAUAUUGUUUAAGCACUGCAGUGUCUUCUAGUCUUAAUGAGGAUGAGCAGGCUGUAAGUCUGGAGCUGCUACAGACGCUGGUGAAGAACAUCCAGAAGAACGAUGUCUAUCAGCCCAUGAGUCUCAUACUGCAGCUGCUGGGCUCCAGGCUGGGCUUCAGCAGACAGCGGAGUUUGUAUAGAGACAUCCUGUUUCUAUCUUUAGUGGCUUUGGGAAAGAGUAGCAUAAAUAUCGAUGCAUUCGACCGUGAAUACAAAACAGCGUACGACCGUUUGACACCCAGCCAGGUCAAGAUGACGCACAAUUGUGACCGUCCACCCAGUGCUGGAGUCAUGGAGUGCAGACGAACCUUCGGCCUUCCCAGUCUGUGA